UUGAAUUUUGUUAUCCACUACCCAUAAGAGUAAUGAAAACCUGUGACUCUACUCUGUAACCUCUCGGGGGGAAGACACCAAAGGUACCUCUGUGCUUUGUGAAGGACAAGGUACCUGGUGAUGCUUAGCAAGUAAUUAAUAACUACAGAAAUACAUAAACAAGUAUUACUGAAUAGGACUUGGUUUGGUUUUUUGAUAGGAGAGAGAUGAGAGAAGACAUGGGAGCAGAACGAAUUGGAUCUCUGUCAUGCUCUAAAUACGUGGAUGCACAUAAAUAUCACACAAACUUACCGUGUGGUGUUUCAUGGCUGUAAAGACACCAUAAAGCAGGUUUUGCCCUUGUUUCUUCUCUCCCUCUUCAAAAAAUGAGCCCUCUUUAUUCAGCUUUCUCUGAAACAGUUGUGCAGUUGCAGGAAUAGGAAGAGGUAACCUUGAAUCCCUUGAACUCCUGCCUUUUUAGACAAUUGAGUGCAUAUAGCCAAAAACUGGCAUCAGGAGCAAGGCAGCUGCAGCACGUUCCAAAUAUUGCUCUAUUUAAAGCAUCCCAAGGCUCACAAGAACAACUGCAGAGGCAAACCUUAAAACUCGCCAAUAAAACCAGCAGAGGAGGAAUGGCAGAACCAGCCCAAGUCCCGCUUUCACGUCUCGUUGUACCUAUACUCCUUGCAGUUGGCUGGAUCGUGGGUUGUGCGCUAAUGGUUUACAUUGUCUUCUCUUGAUGGAAGACAGAAGAAUUUACAAUGAUGUUGAUUAGAAGAACCUGGAAGUUAAAUUGAAAUUUCUAAUUACUAAAAUUGUAUAAAAUGAGUUAUUUUUAAUAUCAACACUGUAAACAUGGUGUACACUUUUUAUGCACAACAAAAGUUUGAAAUGCUAAUUAGAGCAUUAGGAAGAAUCACCAAACCAAUUUGCCAGUUUUCAAAUGGUUUGUAAUUGAGCGAGUAGUUUUUGGAGUCCAGUGCUAGGUCAGAUACCUGCCUGUUCUGCAGCCUGCUUUGUUGUUGCCACCUUGAUUUUAAGCCAUUUUGGAAACAGUAUUCCCAGAGUUACUGGUGCAGUGGUAGACAAAAUGGGACUUAGGCUCGUUUGUGAGAUGUGCCGAGCUGGGGAAGAAGUAUCUCAAUGUAUUUGGGAAAGUUUUGAGUUAGGCAAUUUUUAAGUUUUGUAGUGUAAAAAAAAAAAAGAAAUUAUUAAAUUUAAAAUAUUGUGGUGGUACACUCUGCCUGUCCCAAGAUUUGAAGCGUUAGUGUCUAAAUAAAUUUUCUGAAACUACAUUAGCUUCCUUUUUCUUAAAAAAAGUCAAACAGUCAUACAAGCAUACUAGUACAUAAAUAAAAAAAAUAUCCUUUAGAAAAUGA